AGGCAAAAAAACAAGGAAGUCUAAAUGAUCUAAGAAGUAAAACAAAACUCAACCUGCAUCAUGUCUGAAAGACCAAUAUGCAUUGCUGACUUUGAACAGCUUGCAAAAAAAAAUCUUCGAAAAUCUGUGUAUGAUUACUACAAGUCUGGGGCUGAUGAUCAACAGACACUGGCUGAAAAUGUAGCUGCAUUUUCAAGGUUGAGACUGUACCCCCGGAUGCUGAGGAAUGUGUCUGCCCUGGACCUGUCAGCUUCUGUGUUGGGGCAGAGAGUCAGCAUGCCAAUAUGUGUUGCAGCCACUGCAAUGCAACGCAUGGCUCAUGCAGAUGGAGAAACCGCUACUGCCAGAGCUUGCAGAUCAAUGGGAACGGGGAUGAUGCUGAGUUCAUGGUCGACGUCGUCUAUAGAAGAAGUCGCUCAGGCAGCUCCAAAGGCAAUUCGUUGGUUGCAGCUGUAUAUCUAUAAGGACCGUGAGGUCACCAGGUCCUUAGUGCAGCGUGCAGAGAAAACUGGCUACAAAGGCAUUUUUGUGACUGUGGACACACCAUUUCUUGGGAAACGCCUGGAUGACGUACGCAACAAGUUUCAGCUCCCUUCGCAUCUCAGAAUGAAAAAUUUUGAAACAAAUGACCUGGCGUUUUCAUCCGAGAAAGGCUAUGGCGAAAACAGUGGCCUCUCUGUUUAUGUAGCGGAGGCAAUUGACCCAUCGAUCAACUGGGAGGAUUUGAAGUGGCUGAGAGGACUGACAUCACUGCCUAUUGUCGCUAAAGGCAUCCUCAGAGCUGACGAUGCUAGAGAAGCCAUGAAGCGUGGUGUAAAUGGAAUCUUGGUGUCUAAUCACGGCGCGCGCCAGUUGGACGGGGUUCCAGCCACUAUUGAGGUCUUGCCCGAAAUAGUAGAAGCUGUAGAAGGAAAGGUGGAGGUGUUCGUAGAUGGUGGAAUAAGAAAAGGCACAGAUGUCCUCAAAGCCCUGGCCCUCGGAGCCAGAGCAGUGUUUGUAGGGAGACCUGUGCUCUGGGGUCUUGCCUCUCAGGGUGAAGAAGGUGUGAAGGAAGUCCUUCAGAUAUUGAAAGAAGAGUUCCGCUUAGCAAUGGCACUCUCUGGCUGUCAAAAUGUGGAAGCCAUAGACCGAACAUUGGUACGGAGAGAUCAAUGGACUGCCUCCAAGAUCUAGCUGUGUUGCUUGCCUGAGCUGAAACUGUCAAAUUGAUUGCAAAUUAUUUAUCCUUUCUUGUCGAGAAAUGGGAAUCGUUGAGUGAAUUUAACUCUCUGAUGCAGGUUUCAGUUGGAUCAAAAUGAAAUGUCCUUCUUGCUCAGUCUUUGAAACUCAAGACCCUUUUGCAAAAGUAUCAGAUAAGUCAAGGUAUCAUUGGAAUGCCCAGAGUAGACACCAUCUGUCACAGUAGUUCUAACUUUCCCUCCUUUUUUUAGCCAGUGUUUAGCAGUAGUGUAGUGGAGGCAGGACUCGCAGGCCCGAUCUACACCAAGCAGGAUAUAACACUUUAAAAACGUUGUGAAAACGGUAUAUGUAAUGUGUCCUGGGCCUGAACAGUUGUCAUAACCAUUAUAAACCGUUAUAGGCAGUAGUGUAGAUCCUGCCACUGACACACAGGGGUGGCACUUUUCGAUUUUCAAGGAUGCUGAAGCCAUCUGCCACUCCCGUCAGCUCUUUAAACGUGUGUACACAGAGCUACACUGAAACCUAGUUAUAGCAUCUCAUGGAGUCAUUAUUGCACUUCAAAUUCUGAAUAGUCUCUGUUAUUGCUUUCCUACUGAGGCACACCACAGACUCCUCCAAACCCUUAUCAGUUCUACAUCAGGCCUUACAUUUAAAUAACAACAGUAAUGAUACAUCAAAAAUAAGAAAUAAAAAUAAAUCCUGAAGACUCA